ACAACAAUAAACAAAAUCAAAAAAAAGGAGAUCCCACGAAAUCUGCACAACGGAAUCGAUUGGUGUCCUCAGAAUCAGCUCUAAAAACCGUGAAACAGAUUCAAAGAGCAAUUAAAUCAACGGGUAGUGUUGGUGAAUUUGUGAUUCCCGUCUUGUUAGAAGCAGGAUUUUUGGUUCCGAUAGGGAAAAAAAAACGUGUCACGUCAUCAGAAUUCGCUCUAACAGACGAGUUAAUACAAUUAUGGGCGCCAUUACUACAAAAAUUCGACGAGUUUUUUGAUAAUUUUGGGAAUGAAUUAAUUCAGGGGAUAUCGGAAAAAUUAAAUUUUGACGUCUUCGAACAAGUUAAUAUGACGUUGAGUCAUAGUUAUUUGAUGACUUUAGUUUCUUGGAUCCAAUACAUCUUAAAUAUAUAUUAUGAUGAUGAAUUCAGCUCUACAUUUUUUAAAGAUAUUAAUAUAGACAGUAUCUUGGAAUUUUGUUUACGGAAACCUAAUCCAUUCACGAGAAUUAUACUCCAAUAUUUGAUUGAAAAAGAUGACGAUAAUAACUCAGAGUUGAAAUCAAAUAUAGCACCAUUUCUUAAUUACAUUGAUAGACUUUUAGAGAUUGGGAAACAAAUUAAUAUCACUCAACGAUCUGAUAAGCAUUCAACACAACAACAGCUCACGGACCAAGAGAUGAAUGAUAUGUUAAAAAAUUUGGAGAGACAAUUGAAGGAAUCAACAACACGUCUAUCGGUUGAAGAGACGACGAUUUCAGAUGAUCAAACUUCAAAAAUGGUUUCCACUUUUUCAGCGUGGACAUUAUACGAUCACGAGAAAUGGCAACCAUGCCCGAUCGGAUGUUUGCCAAACGGCAAAGUGGCGUGUUUAGAUUUACCUUUGGAACUUGAUGAUCAAUAA